AAGUGUUCGUGUAUAUACAUAUUCUAGAUGAUCUCCUUAGGCUGGAUUCUCAGAAGUUAUAUUAGUAGACCAAAGAGAAUGAACAUAAUUUUCACGGCUCUUGUUAUCUUUUACUGUGUGCUUGCCUCAAAAUUGCUGGUUCUCAAUUUUACAGUCAGCAAAGUGAGUCCCUUUUUCUGAAUUCUUUACUUUCCUAAAUUGGGAAGUCCACAUGGCUCAGUGUAGAAAAGGUCAUCAUAACCUCCCAGAAUUUUCCAAGCCAGUGAUCUCUAGUGUCACCUUUGGCUGUUAAUGUCCCCGGUCAGAGGGGUCAGGAGACCCAGUGCUGUUGCAUAUUUUAAGUUGCUUGGGUUGCCAUGCUGUACAGACCCUGCUUACAAUCUUACUAUAACUGGUUUGCCUCUUACCUACUAACCUCUGACCUACUCACGACUUACCUACUAACUUCACCCUCCUGCUAACAUGCUGCCGGGUACUGCAUGAGGCCAAAGGUUACCGAUGGGGAAGGUUGUCCUUCCUCCGCGCUGGGGCUGCUCUUGCUGAGGCUGAGCUCAAAGCCACCCACUCGUCCCACCUGCUGCACACCUCAGGGUGUUGGCUCCACUUUAAAGGCAGCCCCAUGGGUGAAGAAAACCAGAGAUAAAGGUAAAGACAUGAUAAGGUGGCCAUAAAUCUAAAAAGUAUGUUUUCUGGCAUUAUCAAUUAUCACUCAUUUUCAAAUACGCAUAUGGAGUGGAUAUUCCAGUUUGGGGUGUGUGUGUAUUUUUUUUUUUUAAAAAGACCUUUUAAAGAAUUGUGCAAUCCUUUACUUUACACCCUCACAUGCUGUGCUUGGCAUUAAAAAGCUGUCGGGGCUGACUUGUAACUUGGAAGGGGGCAGGGUGGAGAGUCCGACAGCCCUGGACUGGCAGUUUGCCCACGGAGAAAGCCCUGCUCCUCGGGGCCCUCGUCUGGCCAGCAGUCUCACAGAUGCACAGCCUGGGCGACAGAGAGUCUCAGAAAGAAAGGAAAACUGGCUUUAUAAAAUCUUGCCACCGCUUCCGCAAAGCAGCCAUCCUUGGCCAUAAAGAAGAACACGUUAUUGAUAUAAGCAAGGAUGCGUCCUGUGCGGAAAACUGUACCUGUUCGUCCUGCUUGCUCCUGGCCCCCACCAUCAGCGACUUGCUCAAUGACCAGGACUUACUAGACGUGAUCAGGAUAAAGUUGGAUCCCUGUCACCCAACAGUCAAAAACUGGAGGAAUUUCGCAAGCAAGUGGGGCAUGCCCUACGAUGAACUGUGUUUCCUGGAGCAGCGGCCCCAGAGCCCCACCCUGGAGUUCUUACUCCGGAACAGUCAGAGGACAGUGGGCCAGCUGAUGGAGCUCUGCCGGCUCUACCACAGGGCCGAUGUGGAGAAGGUCCUGCGCAGGUGGGUGGACGAAGAAUGGCCCAGGAGGGGGCGUGGAGAGCACCCCAGGAACUUCUAGCCCUCAGCUCCUUCUCAUCGGCCUCUUCGGACCCUGAGCCGAGCACAGGUUAAGGGGCAAUGUGAAUCUGUUCUUUUUUAAGUUUAGGCAAAGGAUGUGGGACAGCGGACCUUAGUUUUCCCCAAAGCCGGUGGUUUUGUGGAGGGUAGGGUAUGUUUUUGGUGGCGGAUUUUCCUUUAGUUUUGCACAUCUGUUUUUAUUUAAUAUUUGAAUCUGGAAUUGGGAAAAAUAUGUUGUAGGCUCCUAUAGGGACCAGGGCCAAAGCUACAGUCAGAGUGGAUUCAUGCCAUGAUGAAAAUAAAAGUAUCAUCUCCCUUAAAAACUGAAGACUGAACUCAGAACUAAAAGUCAUCAUCCACAAGAUCCUUUAUGAUUAAUGACACUCCCACAGCUUAGAAGGAAACCACAGAGAGAAGUUUCCCUUUAGUCUGUUACUCUUUUUGUUGUAAAGUACUUAGGUGAGUUCACAGGCUGCUGGCAUCGCGUGGUGAUACUCUUCAGGACACAUGCCAUCUUUCUUAUUCAAAUACUUGUAUAAUCUGGGCACUAUCAAAGAGGACUUUGCUUGAGUGGUUUUGAAAGAAAUGCAAAAAUCGAUGGUGAUUGGGAGGACAGAGUCAGGAGUUAGCAGAGUAAUAAGGACCAUGGGAAAGGUGUUGACAAAGAGUAGGCCCGGGGCUUCCCUGGUGGCGCAGUGGUUGAGAGCCCGCCUGCCAAUGAAGGGGACACGGGUUCGUGCCCCGGUCCGGGAAGA